AUGGAUAGCAGGCAGCAGUUCCCCCAGAGGAAGAUGCUACAGUGGCAGCUCGCUCAAGAGCAAAAGCAGCGGUCUCCCUCACGCGGGCCCUCAGAGGCCUCCAGUCAGCCAGACACCAAGAGCAACCCUCAGGAGGACCUGCAGACCCAAGACUGGGUGUGUGAGCCUCAGGAGCACAGGCACCCAGGUAGCCGCUGGCAAGUCAGCAUCGACGCACACAGGAGACUGGCCAUGCUGCAUGCCCAGGAGAGGACACACACGGCCAGGGCCCCAUCCAGAGACCCGCCGGGCCAGCAGACUGCAUCCUCCCCACCGGCCUGGCCUGCCCCAACCUCUCCCUGCCAGGAUCCUGAAACCAUGGUUCGUUCGCUACAGGAUAUCCAGCAGAUCGUGGUGAAGCUGAUGUCUGAGGGUAUUGACAAGGAUGUACUCCUACCUCACCCUCUAAAGUCCACCAAGUACCCUAAUGUCUUUCAGGAUAGCCCGGAGCAUGCCCCUGUGUGAGAAAGAGGAUUUUGAGGCCCAGAACUCGAGGUCACCCCCAUCCUAAGAA